CAUCAGUUCUUAUUUGACUCUCCACCGAGGAAGGAGUCUCACGCACAGCAACUUCUCACAACAUUUGAGAGUUUCUCAAAGAGGAGACACCUCUUCAGAAGAAAUUGCAUUUAAUCCCUUUUUAACUGUUUUUAUCAAUUUUAAUCCCGAAAAAGUGUUCAGAAGAAAAUUUUGUGCUAAAGUUUUUCAUUUGUGACGUAUUUGUCUAGUUUCCUGCUUCAAAAAAAAAAUCGAAUAUGAGCCAAAAGGAGGAUGACCCGAAUAGUGCCAAUCCGAUGCUUUAUGAUCCCAUUCAAGAUGGAAUUGGAACAACACGUAAACUUAUGCAAUUUAUUGCGGCCACAAUAGUCGCCUUGGGUGCCGUGAGUGCUGGAACAGUGCUGGCGUGGACAUCUCCGGUUGUGAAUCAACUCCGGGGUAAUGAUUCAUUCAACAUGACAGAUGAUCAAGAAUCAUGGGUGGGCUCCCUUCUGGCAAUUGGCGCCUUCUUUGGAGCCAUCCCUGCUGGGAUUCUGGCUGACAUGAUUGGAAGGAAGUACAUUAACAUGGCUCUGGCUCUUCCGUUCCUUAUCAGUUGGGGCUUCAUCAUAUUCGCCACCAACAUUGGAAUGAUUUAUGCUGGACGAAUCUUUGCUGGAAUUGCUACUGGUGCUGUUUGUGUGGUAGCCCCCAUGUUUAUCUCAGAAAUCGGGGAGACGUCAAUUCGUGGAGCUCUUGGGUCAUUUUUCCAGCUCUUCCUCACCAUGGGAAUCCUUCUUGUUUACGCUGCUGGAUCUGUCGUUGAUUGGCGCACAUUGAGUGGGAUCUGUGCUAUUGCGCCGGCUAUGCUGGCUGUCGGGAUGAUCUUCUUGCCUGAGAGUCCUGUGCAUUUGGUGAAGAAGGAGCGACGUAAUGAUGCAAUUCAGGCCAUUAAAUGGCUCUGGGGGAAGCAAUGCAACUCACGGGCGGCCAUUCAGGUGAUCCAGAACGAUGUGGAUGCUGCAGCGGGGAAGGCUUCAAUGAGAGAUCUAUGGACUAUUCCUGCCAAUCGGGCUGGGCUCAUCAUCUGCCUAUGCUUGAUGCUCUUCCAACAAAUUUCCGGCAUCAAUGCGGUGAUCUUCUAUACUCAACCGAUUUUCCAGAGUGCUGGCAGUUCCUUGGAUGCUUCUCUGUGCACAAUCAUUGUUGGAGUCGUUCAGGUGUUCAUGACAUUCGGAUCAACGUUGCUAAUUGACAAAGCUGGAAGGAGGAUCCUUCUGAUGCAGAGUAGCAUUGUUAUGGGAGCUUGUUUGACUAUGCUUGGUAUUUACUUCCAUCUCAAGGAUGGUGGAACUGAUGUUACAGCCAUUGGGUGGCUACCACUUGUCUCGCUGGUUCUCUUCAUUGUCAGCUUCUCUCUUGGUUUCGGCCCAAUUCCAUGGAUGAUGAUGGGUGAGCUCUUUGGUCCGGAUGUAAAAGGAAUGGCAUCCUCAAUUGCAGUCAUGCUGAAUUGGACUCUCGUCUUCAUUGUGACCAAGAGCUUCGGCAUGAUGAACGUGACCUUUGGUAGUGAUGUAACCUUCUGGAUUUUCGCCGUCUGCAUGGCCAUUGCAACCACCUUUACGGCACUCAAAGUUCCCGAAACAAAGGGCAAGAGUGGUGCGGAAAUUCAAAUGAUUCUGGCUGGAAAGCAAAAUUAAUCGUAUCCUUAUAGUGUUUAAAAAUUUCCAUAUCUGUUAGCAAUACUUCAUCUUAAUGCCUGACGCUAGAUUUAUGUUGCAUUUAUCUUCUAAAAAAAAACAUAUUUUAUCCUCAACCAUUAUGUGUGAAUGAUCAUUUUACAAUUUACGGACAAGAUUAUGUGAGAAGGCAGCUCUCUGAUUUUUUAUAAUUCAGAAAAUCUUUUAAUCUAAGUUUUGAGAGGAUUUUAUUAUCUAUUAAAGACAUUACGAAUUUAGCAAGCAAAAAUAAAAUGAAUGGAAAGGUGCUAAAAGUGAGAAAAAUAUGUGUCAUUCGUGAGGAAGGCAGGAGGAGACAAUAAAAGAAAAAUUUUAGGAUGAAAAAAUUUGUUAAAGAAAAAGCGAAAUACUUUUUGCAGAAGAAAAACACAUAUCUGUAUUUUUGUCUUCCUCAUAUCACAGAAAAAACUAAGAUUCAUUUUUUAUUUAAUUUUACUUCUAUUUUAAAAUAGAUUUUUUCUUGUAACUUUUAAAAUCCUUUUUAAAACUUGUGAAAGAAAAACUAUUCUAAAGAAAUCCAUAAAAGAGUCACAGACUGCAUUUUAAGUGGUAUAAAUCAUUGUAUUUUUUAAGAAAAAAAAACUGUUGAGUGAGAUAUAGGUCGGAAGAUUGCGCAAGAUUUUUAAAAGAAAUUGAAGGAAAACAAAUUCUUUUCUUUUUAUCCAAAAUAUUUUAAUUUUAUUCCUUAAUAUUUUAGCUUAAAUGUUAUGAGACAAUUUGUAUCAAUGUCUUUGGCAUCAAAUUUUUAUUUUAUCUUUUUUAGAAGAAAGUAAUAUUCUGAUUAGGAGAAAAACUAAAACUCUUGAGUUCUGUACAAAAUGUUGUUAUACGAUUAGUCAGUUAAUUAAUGUAGUUGUAAACAGAAUAAAAUUAUAUGUAAAAAUAGAUGAUAAAUAUAGAAUAAAUAUAUAUUUCAUGAUAAAAA